GACUCUGCAGGAUCGCUUAUCAUCAGUGUGUAACUGCAUCUUUAUGUGGGGUUCUAUUGCAUUAGUUGCAUCUACAAACAAAAUGUUAAUCUUACUCAAUAUCGCACUGUUCACGACAUUGGCCGUUGCAGAAAUUCCACCAUAUAUUCAAACUUGUGGCCGACGAAACCCUCAACUAAAUGAAUGCAUCCAAAAUUCUGUUGGGGCUGUAAUAAAUGAACUGCGGAAUGGGAUUCCAGAAAUUAAUGUUCCUCCUUUGGAGCCCAUGAUUAUAGAUAGUAUGAAACUCGUUGACUUACCAAACUUCAAAGCAUCUGCCCGUGAUAUAAAACUAUAUGGACUAUCGAAUUUCAAGAUAAAGAAACUAAAUUUGGACUUGGAGAAACAACAGAUCAAUGUGGAACUAAUCUUUAAAGAAAUCACUCUCGAUGCUGAAUACGAUGUGAAUGCGAAGAUCCUCUUUCCUGUCGCUGGGACCGGUCCUAUCAAUAUGGUUACAAGUGAAAUAAUAUCAAGUGGAGUAAUGAAUUACAAGAUAGUUGAGCAUGGCAAAAAGCAGUACAUGUUCUUCUCGUCGAUGAGUUUAAAACUGUUUAUUAGGGACUACACUUCAAACUUCAGACCAAAAGAAGGACCAGACAGUCCUCUUGCCACAGCUAUUAACGCUGCCCUAGCAAACAGCCGCCAAGAGAUAAUUGAAAGUUCUACUCCAAACUUAGAGAAAAAAAUUACGGAAGAAAUGCUUAUAUUGGCAAACAAAAUUUGCAAAUCAUUUACCUAUGACGAAUUAUUUCCCGAUCAUGAAUAAACAUUAUGUUUAAAUAAUAUUUGAUCGAUUUUGUUAGUAUUUAGGUUAAUUAGAAGUUUGUAAUUUACAUGAAACUAGCAAUGUUCUGAACAUGCAAAAUGGACAAUAAAGUAUAGGAAAUGACCAAUAUAUCAAUAUUUGGUCUACAACUAUUGUAUUUGAUUUUA